AUGCAUCGGCUUUUUGCUGAACUGGAGCCAUCUUUAACCGUCACAAAGCAAAACCUGGCAAACCGAGUUCGGUAUAUCUUGCGCUCAAAUAUAUUUGAUGUUGCCGAACUCGAACGGAUACGACGUGAGGCUGUUCCCUCAUCGGAUGAAAAUGCUACGGCUGAGGAUGCGGCGCCACAAAUUGCAGAGCAACCCGCAAACGUGGAUGCCGCCGUGAAUACCCCAGUUGUAGUUGAUUCAAACGAUGAUGGAACAGUCGCCCAGGAACUGGAAUUAGAGCAUAUGAGGUGA